AUGAGUCGGGAGGAUGCUCACAAGCUGCUCGGCGAGCCGGGCGUCUCCAUCGGCACAUUUUUGAUGAGAGAUAGCUCAAGACCCGGUGAAUACUCGCUUACAGUCAGAGAAGCCGACGAGGGAAACACAGUUUGUCACUAUUUGAUAGAGCGCGAUGUGAAAGAAGACGGGACGAACGGUGUGAAGAUUGCGAAUCAAUCGUUUCCCGAUAUUCCAGCUCUUUUGAACCAUUUUAAGAUGCGAGUUCUGACGGAGGCCAGUCUUUUGUCAGCUUAUAAGAAACCUAUGGUUGAAGUGGCUGUCGGAACAUUCAAAUUCACCGGGGAAAGAGAGACCGAUCUGCCGUUUGAGCAAGGAGAGCGAUUGGAGAUUCUUUCAAAAACUAACAACGACUGGUGGGAAGCGCGUAACGCUCUGGGAACAUCUGGCUUGGUGCCAGCGAAUUAUGUACAAGUUCAGACGGGAGAGUUUGCGAAUGAUAGAACUUCGAAAGGAGCGUCACAAUCAUCGAUCGGAAGCAGUGGAAAUGGAGCAGAGCGAUUCUCGAGCACCAGUACUAGUAGUGAUAAUGUGGAUCCACAUCCCCGCCUGCCAGCCGUCGCCAAAGUCACCUUCGAUCGUGUGCCAAACGCGUACGACCCCACUCAACUCCGCGUCAAAAAGGGACAAACCGUCCGUGUGACUCAAAAACUGACAAACGGAAUGUACAAAGCAGAGCUCGAUGGUCAAACCGGCUCCGUACCGUUCACCUAUCUCAGGUUCAUCACCGCCCACGAUUAA